GGAAUUGUGAACAAAAAAAGGAAUCGUCAUGAUCAAAGGUAUACAGAUGAUAUUUAUACGAAAUUUUGUCAGAUGUGAAAAGUCGCUUUUAAACCUAACCCCUUACGACGUCUCUUAUAAGACCCAUGCUAACUUAUAUGUUAUAGCAUGAACUAAUGAUUUGGUGACCUUCUUCUGCUUCUGCUAGCUGAGAAGAAUGUGGCAUUGCUAUUUGGAAGGAGUUAUACCAUGUGAGAAUGAGGUCACUGUCACCAUCAGCGUCUGUUGUGUUAGGGGAAAGACGAGGGUGUCAACGGAUAUGUUCUCAGUCACAGUGGCUGUCCCUGGGAGGUUGGUGAUCAUUGGGCUGUUAUUCAGAUCUACAAAAGGAAAUUAGACAACAAAAAAUGAUCAUUUUUUACAUAUGGAGUGAGCAAAAGGGCCCGCGUAGUUCAUAUCUCAAAAACGCCUGCCUAAUCAUCCAUAAUAUUUUGAUGGAUGCUGGAUCUUUUGGCGCCCGUCACGAUGUAAAAGAGGAAAAACGCCUUGGGCCUGGAUGUAUUUCCUCUCUUACAACGACACGGAUCAUUCCCUCUCCCAAUUAUCGUUACCCCAGCAUGCGGUUGUGAAAGAGGCGAUAUUCUCGGAGUAAAGGCACAAGUCCGUGACGACGCUAUAUAGACCAUGUUACUGAAUAGGCAUUGUGUGAUAUGUCAGCCCAAGUCCAUGAUUGCAAACAUAUAGCUUUGUUAGAUGCUUUUGAUUAGCAUGUUAUAGGUUAUAUGUAUUAGUAUACAUGAUACUGACUUGACUGAAUGUCAUGUACAUGAAGACCAAAUAAGUGAUGAGAAGGCCAUCGCAGUGUGCACAACAUUGUUUUUAACAUAUGAAUGUACUCGGCAACUUUCUCAAAGGCGGAUAUAAUAAUUCUUAGACCUUCGUUCUGUAUCACACUUACGUUGAAAGCAAACGUUCCUGCGUUAUCAACAUACCGUCUCACGAAGUCAUUAGACCUUUCUAAAUGUCUUAAUCUCCGGAGCGGUACGAAAGGCGCGCAUGAUGCGGACAGCGCAACUGACGAUGCGCCACCUCACAAUGCGGAAUUGUCACCCCAAGAUCAUUCGCCAGAGGAUAGUCUAUUCAAGCUGGGCGUGCCGGAUUAAUGUUCUUAUAGUUGUAAUCCUGACUUUGAUGAUAUGGUCUAAAGUUUCGGAUACAUGGCAGCGGGCAUUCGCAGAAGAUUCCGCUCUGGACUACAUUGAGAAGAUAAAAUGCACCGACUGUUUCCCUCUGGAAUUGCAGCAGUCACCCCAACGACGGAGGGGAGAAGUCAGUGAGAAAAAAGAGGGAGGCCCAAAUAGAAGCAAGAAGUGCCAAUUUGGAAAAGAUGAAGGUGGACUUGUGAUCAUGAUUUUCAGCCAGGCACAGGACACCUUUAGGAGAUUUCUUAUUCGUGAAACGUGGGGAAAUAGCUCAAAUGUUCGCAUAUAUUUUGUGUUAGGCCGGCAAGGAGCGCCUUCGGAGAGUAAAAAACAUGGCGACAUUAUUGUGAGUGGCCUAUGGGACUCAAGAAGUAAUCUCACGCUUAAGGCAAUAUUUGCCCUAAAUUGGGCGGUGCAGAAUUGCCCGGAUGCAAAGUACGUGAUGAGAAGCGCGGAUGAUAUUUUGAUAAACAUUCGAAAUCUUUUCCAAAUUAUAGAUACAAAUGACUUGACCUAUAAAAUCGUUGGACAUUGCAGAGAUGUUUCGAUUGUUAACAGAGACAAGACAUCUCCACAAUUCGUGAGCUACCAAUCAUAUCCUCUCAAAUACUACUCGAAGAGUUGCUCCCCGAAUGCGGGGUACCUCAUGACUCUUCAAACAGCUUUGGAUAUUGUUCAAAUCUCGCAGCAAAUCCCGUACUUCCAUUUAGAAGAUGCUUACAUAUCUUUCUGCGCCGUGAAGCUCAAAGUCGAGCGGGUGAACCUGUACCCAUUUAAUAGUAGCAGAUACUACCCCUGGUCGCGUGCUCCAGAAGUAAGGUUUGACGAACUAGAUCUGCUGUACUAUUGCUCCUGUGUGGCUACAAUCCCCGGACUUUUGUUGGAUGAGCAACACCAGCUUUGGUUUGGAAGUCGGAAAGUCAAGAAUUGCAAACUGCUAUCAAAUUUUGAGUGCAAUUUGAUGAAAAAAGGAAUAUGGCGAAUUUUGAAUACCAAGAACGCCAUAUUUGGACCAGGGGAACGCGAUAAGGUUCUAAGAUGAAAGGAGAAUAUAUACUAUGUGCUCUUACGAUGACAUGACAUGAAAAGAAUUUAUUAUAUCUGCACGUUUUUGGCGACGAAUUGGUAUUGAGGACAGGCAUACCAAUGAUUUGCACUAGUACGAACUCGUCCGUCGAUUGCCCAUUGACUCUAUCUUGCUCUGUCACGCCACAAGGAAGUCGUCCUCAAUAGAAAGGCCCUUUGAUACCAGUCGUGUCCAUGACUGAUGUUUGCACAAAGUAGGAAAUCUAAGACAUGAUGAAGAUGCCUGUGCUAUAGUUAUGUAUAUUUGAUAACCAGUAUUAAAGCAUCAUGACUGCAA